AUGACGCUCUUUAUCCUUACAGAGACGAGCGCGGGCUAUGCGCUGCUCAAGGCCAAGGACAAGAAGCUGCUGAAGCGCGAUGAUUUGGCAAAGGAGGCCGAGACUGCCGAGGGCGUCUGCAGUCUGCUCAAGAUGAAGCAGUUCCACAAAUUCGAAAGCGCUGCAUCCGCGCUGGAGGAGGCGGCUGCACUGACAGAGGGCAAGGUCACUCCCACACUCGCCAACAUGCUCGCGGGGAUCAAGGACGAGAAGAAGGUCUCGCUCGCCGUCGCCGACCCGAAGUUGGGCAAUGCCAUCACCAAGCUCCCCGGCCUGCAGAUUCAACCCAUCUCCGACUCAACCACCGCCGACCUAUUCCGCGCCAUUAAGGAGCACUUGCCAUCGCUGAUUCCCGGUCUGAUGCCUGAAGACCUCAGCACCAUGUCACUCGGUCUAUCCCACAGUCUUUCGCGUCAUAAGCUCAAGUUCUCGCCCGACAAGGUCGACACGAUGAUCAUUCAGGCUAUUGCGCUGCUCGACGAUCUCGACAAGGAGCUCAACACAUAUGCUAUGCGAGUCAAGGAAUGGUAUGKCUGGCACUUUCCAGAAAUGGCCCGAAUUAUCAACGACAACCUCGCCUACUCGCGUGUAAUCCUGUCCAUGGGCAUGCGUACCAACGCCGGAAGUGCCGAUCUUUCCGACAUCCUUCCCGAGGAGAUUGAGGGUGCCGUCAAGGCCGCCGCAGAAGUCUCUAUGGGUACUGAAAUUACCGAGGAGGAUCUGGAGAACAUCCAAGCCCUCGCCGAGCAAGUUGCAGGCUUCACCGAAUACCGCGCUCAGCUGUCUUCCUACCUUUCCGCACGAAUGAUCGCUAUUGCGCCAAACCUCACGGCCCUGGUUGGUGACCUUGUCGGAGCCCGUCUUAUAGCUCACGCCGGAUCUUUGAUGAGCUUGGCCAAAUCUCCGGCAUCUACUGUCCAGAUUCUCGGUGCUGAGAAGGCACUUUUCCGCGCAUUGAAGACUAAGCAUGACACACCCAAGUACGGGCUCAUCUAUCACGCAUCGCUUAUUGGCCAAGCCUCUGGCAAAAACAAGGGCAAGAUAGCGCGUAUGCUGGCCACGAAGGCCACCCUUGGUAUCCGUGUCGACGCGUUGAGUGACUGGGCACAAGGCGGCAAAGGGGAAGAGGAAGAACCCACAGAGGAGGAGAAGGCGGCAGUCGGUAACUCGGGACGUCUCAUGGUUGAGCGAAGAUUACGCGCGUUGGAGGGCAAGUCUGUCAGCAAGUCGAACAACGUUGCCAUUGGACCUGGCGGCCAAACGMAGCCUGCCAAGUGGGAAAUCAAGGAGGCACGAAAGUACAAUCCAGAUGCCGAUGGUCUUGAGGCAGAUGCCAAGCCUGCGGCUGCUCUCACAAACGGCGACAGCAAGAAGCGAAAGCUUGUCGAGGAGGUUGAGAGCAAAGCUGGCGCCGACGAGGAGAGCGACGAUGACGAUAUUGACGACACCGUAAUGACCACAUCUUCGAAGAAAGACAAGAAGGAGACCAAGAAGGAGAAGGCACUACGAAAAGCCGCCAAGGCCGCAAAGAAGGCAGAGAAGGAGGCCAAGAAGGCAGCCAAGGAAAGCAAAAAGAGGAAGGGCUCAGAUGCCGACGCUGCGGAGGCUCCCAAGAAGAGCAAGAAGCAGAAGAGCAAGGCGUAG